AUGGCGGCAUCUUCCCAACCGAAAUUUGCGUUGCCGGAACCCAAACCCGACCAGCCGUACAUUCAAGUGUCCGCACUGGAAGCUGGCCUCUUACAGCUGAUUCACACCAGGUUCAUCGCAGGCUCAAAGCCUGGCGAGUUCACCAUGUGCCCUUCGCUCGCAUUCUUCCUUCGCCACUCUACCUCGAAAGAGCAUCUCGUCUUCGACCUUGGCAUCCGGCGAGACUUGGCUAUCCACCCACCGGCCGUCCAGAAGGUGAUCGCCAACCGCGUCAUCACCACCCCGCAGAGCAUAGAGGAGAGCCUGCGUAAGGGAGGCAUGGACCCGGCGGACAUCAAGACAGUCAUCGUCAGUCACCUGCAUUACGACCAUAUCGGAGAAGCAUCGUCAUUCCCCAACGCGACCUUCAUCAUGGGUGCGGACGCCGAGGACCUCCUAGUGCACGGCUAUCCCUCAAACCCCGUCGCCGAAGUCCUCGAAGGCGCUAUCCCCCUUGCCCGCUCGCGCUUCCUCUCGUCGGAGUUCACGACAUCCAUCGGGCCCUUCCCGCGCGCGUACGACUACUUUAACGACGGGAGCCUCUACAUCAUCGACGCACCCGGGCACCUCCCGGGGCAUAUCAACCUCCUCGCGCGCACGGAUGCGACCGGGUCGUGGAUCUACCUCGCGGGCGACUCCGCGCACGACCUUCGCCUGCUGACGGGGGAGCGCGACGUCGCGACAUGGCACAACGACGCAGGGCACUUGGUCUGCGUGCAUACAGACAGGGAGCGGGCGGUAGAGCAUAUCGCUAGGGUCCGGGAGCUGUUGGGUAUGCCGCGGGUACAUGUCCUGCUAGCACACGAUGCAGCGUGGUACGAGGCGAAUCAGGGCGGGAAUGCGUUCUUCCCCGGCGCGAUUCCGCCGAGAAUGUGA